UGACGAGAUUUGAAGAGGAUAUGUAAGCAUGGAUGGCCUUUGCACUAUCAUCUCGCACUAUAAGUCCACCACCCCAGCUUCCUCUUCCUUUAUUGGCCGUUACAAAAAGCCACGACACUUGCACCCUCAGAAACUAAUUACCCUCACGAAACGCAUGCACUCGCAAUAAGCCAUCAAUCUUAUCUAAAGAAACCCCGAUUGCCCAUCUUUCUCCUGAGCAAAAUAUAUAUUUGGAUUUUUGGAACAACCCCACCAAUCUACUUUGUUCAAGAAAUGAUGUCUGCAACAUCAAGAUUGGAAGAGAACCCUACUGAAAAAACAUCUCAGUCACCUUCAGUUUCAAACCCCACCCAGAGAUGGCCAGCCAGCCUCAUGCAGAUAAUGCUCUCAGAGCUGAAGGCACAGAGAGGAAUAGCGGUUCCUUUGGUGGCGAUGAACUUAACAUGGUUUGCAAAGAUAGCAGUAACCACAGCGUUUUUAGGUCGGCUAGGAGAGCUCCAGUUAGCCGGUGGCACACUCGGGUUCACCUAUGCUAAUGUCACUGGUUUCUCUGUCCUUAAUGGACUUUGUGGUGCCAUGGAACCUGUUUGUGGUCAAGCCUUUGGAGCUAAAAACUUUAGGCUCCUUCACAGGACGCUUCUGAUGGCCAUAGCUUUGUUACUGUUAUCUACACUGCCUAUUUCUUUCCUAUGGCUUAAUGUUGACAAAAUUUUAGUCCAUUUUGGCCAAAAAGAAGACAUUUCUGCUGUUGCAAAGACAUAUCUUUUCUAUCUUCUCCCUGAUUUGGUUGUCACUUCGUUGCUAUGUCCUCUCAAAGCCUAUUUGAGCUCACAAAGCAUAACUAUUCCCAUAAUGUUUAGUUCAGCUCUAGCGCUUGCUUUUCACAUCCCUAUCAACAUCUUUCUUGCAAAAGCUAAGGGUCUCGAGGGAGUUUCAAUGGCUAUCUGGAUAAGUGAUCUCAUAGCUGCAAUCCUUUUAGUCUUGUAUGUACUGCUAGAGGAAAAUAGAAAGGGAGGAAAGUGGAAGGAAGGAGGAUGUUGGGAUCAAGGUGUUCAGGACUGGCUUAGGCUGCUCAAGCUUAGCGGGCCAUGUUGUCUCACAACCUGCCUUGAAUGGUGGUGCUAUGAGAUUUUGGUCUUGCUUACGGGGAGGUUACCAAAUGCCAAGCAGGCAGUAGGAGUGAUAGCUAUCGUCCUAAACUUUGACUACUUGCUCUACUCUGUAAUGCUGUCGCUGGCCACAUGUGCAUCCACUCGCGUCUCCAAUGAGCUUGGAGCAAACCAGCCUGUCUCCGCAUACCAGUCAGCAUAUGUAUCAUUGGCAGUGAGCACACUUUCAGGUUGCAUUGGUGCCAUGGUGAUGGUAGGAGCGAGAGGUAUUUGGGGUUCACUAUUUAGCCAUGAUAAAGGAAUCAUAAGAGGUGUAAAAAAUAUGAUGUUGCUAAUGGCACUGGUUGAAGUUGUGAAUUUCCCGUUAGCUGUUUGUGGAGGAAUCGUCCGUGGAACAGCUAGGCCAUGGUUGGCGAUGUAUGCUAAUCUUGGUGGGUUUUACCUCUUAGCUUUACCGAUGGCAUUCGUUUUAGCUUUCAAGGCUGCACUUGGACUAAGUGGAUUGUUGCUAGGAUUUUUAGUUGGGAUGGUAACAUGUUUGGCAUUGUUGUUGGUGAUGGUUGUGAGAAUAAAGUGGCAUGAAGAAGCUGGCAAGGCACAAAUACUUGCCUCUAAUGCGGCAGUUGUUGAAGAUGGAAAUCUCAAAACCAUGCUGAAGUAUGAAAAAAACAGAAACCCCAACAAGCUUGUUAGUGCUUCAAAGCCCUAAAAACACUGACCUUUUUAUCUCCUAUCUGUUUUCGUCAAGUGUAACAUAGAGGAAUCUUUUAAUCCUCAUGAAUCAUCAUUUCGCAGCCUCUUGAUUCAAUAGAGAAAGCCUAUUUAUAAUGAGGGUAACUUCCACAUA